AGUAGAAUAAUGAGGGAGAAUUAUUGAAUGAAGAAGGAAGAAGACAAGAUAAUAUGCUGCCUUGUUGAUAAUAAAACAAUUCGUGUGAUAGAAAACAUAUUAGUAUUUCAAAUAUUGUUUAUGAAUAAAUUGUCUUGUUCAUGCAAGCUACCAUAUGUUCACGCGUAAAGAUGCCUCGAUGAGAUUGAAUUCUAUUUAAAAAUUGAAAAACAAAGACUUAGAAGUUAGAUCUACAGAUAAAUUUUGUCAACUCUUGUUCAAUUUGCACCAAUUAAUUCUCUCUCUCUCUCUCUCUCUCUCUCUCACGCACACAUAAUCUCACACACAUAGCAACUUUUGUAAAGCCUUGUUAAGUUUGCAGCAAUUCUCACUCUCUCACACAAACACAGAAAAUUUAGUAAACUUUUGUUCAGUUUGCACCAAUUCUCUCUCUCUCUCACACACACACAUACAUAGCCAAUUUUGUGAACUCUUGUUUAGUUUGCCUCAAUUCUCUCUCUCUCACACACACAUCCACAUAGCAAAUUUUGUAAGCUCUUGCUCAGUUUGCAUCAAUUCUCUCUUUCACACACACACACACCCACAUCAAAUUUUGUAAACUCUAGUUCAGUUUGCAUCAGUUCUCUCUCUCACACACAUCCACAUAGCAAAUUUUGCGAACUCUUAUUAAGAAAGUGUUUGCAGAAACAGAUCUUCUUGGAAAAGCAGACAAGUUUAGUCUCUGGAGUUUUGUUUUUGACAGGGAACUGUGUUAUUGAAGUUAAAGCCGAGCAGCGAAGAUUUUCAAGCUAUAAAUAUUUGGUGGUGAGGAUCAGUUAUCAUCACAAUUAAAGAAUGGAAGGGGAAGCUGCUGCCGCCAUCCUUCAAACUCUAGUUCAAAACCUCAUCGACCUCUGCAAGAAAGAGAUCUCUCAGAUCCGAGAUCUCAAAAAAGAUGCCGCAAAGCUAACUAAGAGUCUCAAAACCAUCCAGAAAUUCUUGAACGACGCGGAGACGCGUGACAUCACCAGCGAAGCUGUCAAGGAGUGGCUGAAGAAUCUUGAAGACGUGGCUUUCGAUGCUGACAAUGUUUUGGAUGAACUCAACUAUCAUAUUCUCUCCAAACAAAUCAAGCCUGCCGAGCCUGAGGAGGAAAAGAUACCAUCAUGCUUCUCACGCCUCUCAUGCUUCUCAUGCUGCAAGAAUCUUUCACGUUCUCGAAAUGUGGCUCUUAAAAUCAAAGAAAUCAAUGAGAAUUUGGAAUCCAUUAACAAGGAGGCCACCGAUCUUGGCCUUGUAGGGAGGCUUGCCGAUGAGCCCACUUUGGUUAUUGCUGCAUUGGAAACUGAUUCAUACACUCUUGAUCCAAUUUUUAUUGGAAGAGAUGAUGUUGCGUCGAAAAUAGUUGAGAUGCUUACCAAUAGCAUCACAACUGAUGAUGAACGCGCAGUUUCCAUCAUUUCCAUUGUCGGGAUGGGAGGAUUGGGGAAGACGACAUUGACUAGAAAAGUCUUCAAUCAUCUGAAGGAUGAGACUCGGUUUGGAUCACAUAUUUGGGUGCAUGUUUCCCCAAAUUUUGAUGCAUUAACUCUUUUCAAGAAAAUUCUCAAAGAGUUGACUGAUCAAGUUGAAGGUGAGAACAAGCAAGAUAUUCUUUCAAAGCUUCAACAAGCUUUGAAAGAUAAAACAUAUCUUCUUGUACUUGAUGAUGUAUGGAAUGAAGAUCGUUCCAAAUGGGAAGAGUUUAUGAAUUCCUUGUUGGGAGUUAGUUCUGUUAAGGGAAAUGCAAUUGUUGUUACCACCAGAAGUAUGAAGGUUGCUACAAUUGUGAAUCCAAUUCAUACACAUGAGUUGGAAGGCUUAUCAGAAGACGAGUGUUGGUCGAUAAUCGAAGUUAAAACCUUUGGAGAAGGAAACGUUCCAUCAGAAUUUGCGGCCAUUGGAAAAAAGAUUGCAAGAAAAUGUCAAGGUUUGCCAUUAGCUGCCAACGUAGUUGGGGGAGUGCUGCGCAAUAAAUCUGAGGAAAAAUGGCGCUCAGUCGAGGAGAAAUGGCUUUCUGCCGAUGAAGGAGGAGAUAAUAUCACAAAUAUAUUGAGGCUGAGCUUCGAUAAUUUGUCUUUGCCAUCACUUAAGAAGUGCUUCGCAUACUGUGCAAUGUUUCCUAAAGGCUCCCAAAUCAUGAAACAAGAAUUGAUUGAGAUGUGGAUGGCAGAAGGUUUUCUUCAAGCUGAUGAAAGGGAUGACAUGGAGUCCGUGGACGAAAAAUUUAUCAACGUUCUUCUGCACAACUCUUUACUGCAAGUUUCAUGGAGAUAUGCUAACAGAAAUGUAAACAAGUGUGGCAUGCACGAUCUUGUGCACGAUCUGGCUUGUUCUGUUUUAAGUUCCUCUAAUAGCAGCCGAGUUCGAUACAAGACUCUCGAAGAAGACGAAUCAAGUCGUAUCCCAAAAGAAAUGGCAAAAUCUUUGCGUACAUUACUACUAACAUCGGAAGGUGAUAUUUCUGAUAUCAACUUCUCAGACUUCGAAAGUUUGCAUGUUUUAAGUCUACUGGACUCUGAAGUUAAAGAGCUGCCAAGUUCGAUUCAAAAGUUGAUACAUUUGAGAGAUUUUGACAUUUCAAAGACAGAAAUUGAAGUUUUUCCGGAUUGGAUUGGUGAAUUCUUUCACUUGCAGACGUUGAGAGCAAACUCAGAAUAUUUGAGAAAACUGCCAAGUACGAUUAAGUACUUGAUUAACUUGAGGCAUCUUUAUAUUGACUCGAGGGUAGAGUUGCCUAUGGGAAUUGGGAGUUUAACUUCUCUCCAAACGCUAAAGUACUUUCCAGUGGGUGACGAGAAUGGCUGCAAAAUUGAAGAGCUCGGAAAUUUGAAUAAUCUUAAAGGAGAGUUACUGAUUCUGCAUCUGGAAAGGGUUCAUGACAAGGAAGAGGCUGGGAAAGCCAAUUUAUUCAAAAAGUCUAAAAUAUUGAACUUGUGUUUGAUGUGGGGUUGGAACAGAGAAGGUGAAAGAAAUGAUGAGGAUGUAUUGGAAGGCCUUCAACCUCACUCAGAUUUGAGGGACUUAAAGAUUAAAAGAUUCAAUGGAAAAAGAUUUCCAUCAUGGACUCUAAAGAUGGCAGUUCGAGAUGCGCCUCAUGGCUCUUGGGUGGUACUUAACAAGUUAAUGUCGUUAGAACUCUGGUACUGCGAUGAAUGUGAAGAGAUCCCAAUGUUGGGGCAGUUGCCCAAUCUCAAGUCCCUUGAGUUGAGAGAAUGGAGGAAUUUGAAGUGUAUAAAUUCUUCAUUCUACGGAAUGGUGAACAAGGACACACGCAUUGUUUUUCCAUCUCUCGAGAGGUUGGAAUUGUGGUCCAUGCCUAACCUGGCAGAGUGGGCAGAAAUAGAAAUUUCGGAUGGAAGUGAAGUCAAGCUAUUUCCUCGCCUCCAACAUUUGAAAAUUUAUGAUUGCCAGCAAUUGAUGAGUGUUCCAAGUCAUGUCUCCUCAUGCCUUCAACAUUUGGAGAUUGGAGGGAUCGGUGUGGAAUGUCUGCCAGCUGAUUGGUUAUUGAGUAACAGCGAGACUCUCUCUACUUUGGCUAUAAGUGAGUGCCCGAAUUUGAGAGAAAUAUCAGAUAGGUGGGGAGAAGAAGAAUCAGAAGGAAGAAGCUUCACAAUCACAUCCCUCCCUAUAUUCCCUCGUCUAACAUUUGUGCAUAUUGAAGGCGUUCCUAAGUUAAGUUUGGAGACUAUGGAUGCAAUGUGGCGCCUCCAAAUUCAUGGCAACAAAUUCAUUUACCCGUGACGUUGAGUAUCAAUAUCUUUUCCUAGAAACAGUUUUGGUUCUGAAGAAACUCAAAGAGAAAAAAGUGAAACAGAAGAAAGUGAAACGAGGAAAUGGUUGUGUUUGACUUUGAGGUGCCUCUAAAGAAUUAGGAGGUGAAGCAAGCGAUCUAGUGAAGAAGGAAUAAGUAAAGUGGAUUUGGAGGUCUCAUUCUGUUUAAGAAAAAGAGUUUCCAUUUGAUGUCAGCCGCUUAGCCGAUGAUUUAGUAUUUGAACGCAUCUCGAAAUCAGUUGAGUGUCUCAACUGAUUGUCGAGUCGAGCUUGAGCUCAGCUUAUACUUCAAUCAAUUGGCUCACAAGGCUUAUUUUUAGCUAAGUUGAAUCCAAGCUUGAGCUUAGAUUGGCCUACUGGGGUGAGUAUGAUUCUAAAGCCAUGGCAGAGAUAGGGGAGCAUUGAAGAGCAUGGAGGCGAGGCGGCCUCAACUAGAGGCGCUACUGAGCUUGCUCGUGGGGAAGAACGACGACAGUGUAGUUGUUGACUGUGAAGUGAAGGAUGAUGACAAAAAUUCAGACAGCAAUGUUGAAGAUGAAGAUAGUGAAAUAGAGGAUUCAGCAGUUGUGGAAGUUGAACCCAAUCCCAGCAAUAAGGGAAAAGAAAUGUAUGAGAAGAAAAACUCAAUUUCUGAAUAUGUCAAUACUCAGUUUGAAAUUUCAUCCCCCAAUUUCUUUCGGUCGCCGGAUUGUUGAGUUGGAGUCUGUGUGGAUUAAUUAACCCAUAUAAUAUUCAUGUUACGA